AUGCGCACACGUCAUCAACAAGCGACAGAGACGUCAUCAGAAAGCGACAAAGACGUUUGUUUGCUAAACACUAGCUACUUUAAAACUAAACGAAACUCUACAUACUCAGUCAAAAAAGGGUAUUAUCAAACGUUGGAAGCUGUGUUGUGUGUCGUAAGCUUCCAGUAUGAGUGGAGGUUUGGCACCAAGCAAAAGCACUGUGUAUGUGUCCAACUUACCAUUCUCGCUAACAAACAAUGAUCUGCACAAGCUAUUCACCAAAUAUGGGAAAGUUGUGAAGGUCACAAUCGUUAAAGAUAAAGACACUCGCCUAAGCAAAGGAGUAGCGUUUGUUCUUUUCCUGGACAGAGAAUCCGCUCAUAAUUGUGCAAAAGCAGUGAACAACAAACAGUUAUUUGGCAGAACAGUAAAAGCGAGCAUCGCCGUGGACAACGGGCGAGCAACUGAGUUUAUAAGGAGAAGAAACUACACAGACAAAACUAAAUGCUACGAGUGUGGGGAAACAGGCCAUCUGAGCUAUGCAUGCCCCAAGAAUAUCUUGGGAGAGAGAGAACCCCCAAAGAAGAAAGAAAAGAAAAAGAAGAAAAAGGCUGAACAACCUGAGCAUGUAGAAGAAGAAGAAGAAGAAAGUGAAGAAGAGGGAGAGGAUCCAAAGUUAGACAGUCUGAGCCAAGCUAUAGCUUUUCAGCAAGCCUAUAUUGAGGAAGAGGAGGAGACGCAGAAGAAGCAGGCUCGUUUGUCUCAAGAGGAUGAUGCUGAUGCGUCAACAUCCUCGGACUCGAAGAAACCCAGGAUCAAAAAGAGUGCAUACUUCAGUGAUGAGGAGGAACUCAGUGACUAAUAAUCUGGACAAUACCUCGUCAUCGUGAAUUAUUUUUGUAAAAUGUGUUUUUAUAAAGUUUAUGUUCACCACAUGUUUCUAUUUAAACUUGAAAAAGCUUAAUCAUUAUGAUGUCUAGAGAUACUCUUCCUUUCCUUCCAUUGAUUCAUUUAGUGUAUGGUGUAUUUUUAGUUGGACAUUAAAUCUGUCAAAAACACA